AUGUCUUUUGGAUGGUCAGCUGGUGAUGUAGUUGUAGCCGUACAGAUUCUCUGUCGUGUCGGCAUAGCCUUGUCAGAAACUCAUGGCGCAAAAGCACAAGUCAAGGAAGACAUGGCAUUCUUGGAACAUCUCGAGAAAACAUUACAGAAUGUCAACAAGGCUGUUGGUAAUGGUCUUACAUCUACCGGUCUUCAAGGCAAGGUUGAUGCGAUUCACCAACCACUUCUCAAAACCAAAUCCAAGAUACUGUCUUACAUGGAACUGACUCAAGACGGUAAGGGGGAUGCGGUUGAUUUUGCCGUCCGUUCUUUGAAAAAGAUCAUUUAUUGCGAGUACUUUUCCAAACAAGUUGGGAAGCUGAAGGAGAAGAUAGCAAUACCGCUACAAGGAAUCCAAUUGGAGUUGGCAAUGUUGAAUCUCGGACGUCUACAGUUUACCCAGGAGACGCUGGAGAAAGGAUUCGCAAGCACUAAACAGUUCCACGACAAGGAGUUGUUGCAUAAGAUUAAGGCGUGGCUACAACCAGUGUCCACGGUCCAAGAUACAUACAACACAAACAUCACUAGCCUGCUCCCAGGGACCUGCGAAUGGUUGUUCCAGAAGGAAGAGUACGUCGAUUGGUACAGUCAGUUUCCCAAGAAAACCUCGCCAUUGCUGUGGAUUUCUGGCAUUCCAGGAGCAGGCAAGACGACUCUGGCAGCAAAGAUUAUCCAGAGACUCGGCCAAGACGGGCAAACGGUAUGUUAUUUUUUCUCCAAAGGAUCAGCCCAGCGGUCUGAUGUCAGAAAAAUUCUUACUACACUCUGUUGGGAGCUGCUCAACCAAUUCUCGGAAGAUGGCGAGUUCCUGCAAGAGGCCUACUACAAAGGUGGUGAGCCGACCGAAACGGACAUGAAGGAUUGCCUCAGCCUCAUUUGCGAAAAACGGAAUGCGGUGAUACUUGUAGACGGCUUGGACGAGUGUACUCUGGAUACGCGAAAAAACCUCUGUGCUCUCUUGGUAACUUUGGUUGCUCACUCCAACGUUGUUGUAAUCAGCCGCGAGCUCGAAGACAUUAAACAAGGCUUGGCUAAAAUACCGAACCACCUCGGACUGGUACACAUCAACAUAUCCGAGUCUGACACAAGAGAUGAUCUCAAAAAGGUCAUAGAGAAAGAGACCCAACGACUGGGUUUAUCUGCCGAAGAGACGAAGAAAGAAAUCACCCGCAGGUUGCAGAUUGGAUGCAAGGGAAUGUUUCAAUGGGCGACGGAAAUGAUCAAAUACUUGAUCGACAGCGAAUGCAUGUAUGACGACGAAUACUUGACUAAGACGGACGACAUGCCAACGGGCUUACACGAUCUCUACACCAAGAUUCUCCACCAUAUUCACAAAGGAAAAACUCAAAAAGUCGUGCGCAUCUCGAUGAGCUUGUUGUGCUGGGUGGCUUUUUCUCGCAGAGCGCUGUCUCUUGCGGAGACAGCGAUGAUGCUUCGGAUUAGAAAUGGCAUGCAGGAACACGGAAAGAUUACCGCAGCUGAACCUGCUGUAUGGAGACAGAAGAUCAGCAGCUUUUGUGGGUCGUUGGUCCGCUUCGUCCAGCGAGAAGGAAACGACGUGGUAAUUCUUGCGCAUGCAUCUGUAAAAGAGUUUCUUCUCGGGCUCACAGACUACGAAAGAACCGAUACCACGACUCAAAAGGAGGCUAAGAUUGAAGCUGAGCUCGCCGAGACUUUGUCUCAAUUAUCUCUCCUUUGCAGAUAUUGA